AGGUGGUGCAACGAUGGCUCCAAACCAAGAAUCCUCGUCCUCGUCGGCGGCGGCGUCGGCCUCCCUUGUGGCAGCAUGGAGGGGCCAGCGAAUGAUGACGGCCAUCACGCCCCCCAAGGCCAAGUACUCGUACCACAGCGGGAGCUACGCCACGCGCCACGCCAAAUCUCACGAGCGCAAUUUCGUGCGUCGCCCCGUGCCCAUUGCAAUCCCCGAUGUGUUCAAGUCGCGCGAUCGAUGCUGCGUCGGCGGCAAACACAUUCCAUUCACGCGCUUCAACACGAUUGAGUGCCGUCGCAAAUUGCUCAAGGAAGACCUGGACACGAUCCACGAGUCCGUGUACUACACUGACCUCAAAUGGGAAGAUUUGAUUUCUGACCUUGCCGACAUGCAUUAUGUCGAUCAACGCCGCCGCAUGGCGAUCACAUUCAUCCUGUAAAGCGGGCCCUUGCAAGCUGUCCAACGACUUCCUAACUUAUUGCCGCGAUCCAUGUCGUCCACGCAGUUUCCAGCCCUGGUUGCAGGGGCUCGCACCAUAUUUAUCAAUAGGUUAAUAACACUACGUGUGAUGAAAUAUAACAACAAAAAACCAUUUCCAAUA